AUGAAAAGUGGAAGAAAAUAUGGCAAGAGUCAAUUUAGAAACAAAUGGGAUAAUCUUAAGAAGGAAUGGUCAAUAUGGUACAAGUUGUUUGGAAAAGAGACAGGUUUAGGAUGGGAUAAUGUAAGGAAUACAGUAGAUGCUUUAGACGAGUGGUGGGAUAAAAAGCAAAUGGAAAAUCCACUUUAUGGAAAAUUUAUAUAUAAAGGACUUGCUUUUGCCAAUGAUUUAACUACAUUAUUCAAGGAUGUGGUGGCUAAUGGAAAAUUCAGUUGGGUACCUUCUUUUGGGAUAUUACCUAAUGAUAUAGGUGAAGAUGAUGUAUAUCGUCCAAAUCCUACGAAAUCCUAA